AUGACAUCAAAUUCAGCUUAUGCUGAUCUUGUUGAUCGGCCACUUUUUGGUGAAACAAGAUCUCUAGAUCGAAUUUCAUUCAUUAUCAUUACUGCUCUAACGACUGUCUUUGUUCUUGCAACAUUUGUUGGCAUGUUUCUUUUCAAACAUUUUAGUGGUACACAUAUUUUUUUAAAUAUUUGUCUUAUUUUACUUCUUGGUUCACAUUUAUGUUUAGCAUUUUGGUAUCGUUCAGGUGAAUUAGAACCACGUUUUCGUAAUAUGUUAUUUUUCAAUACAGCUGUUAUUAUAUUAUUAUGUAUUUGUGCUAAUCUUAUAAUAAGUGGAAAAUAG